AUGGGGGCAGUGAUAACCAAAGAGACGGUUCUCCAGGACAAUGUGUACCUGAAGAAGUUGAGUGGUUUGGAACCGAUUGAUGAUUACGAACCGUUUUGGAACAAGCUGCUCUCUUUCAAUCUGAAAUUUGAUGACGAUGACGAGUGAGUUUUGAAAUCGCACAAAACAAGUCAUCUGGGAAGUUUUAGAGACACUAGGAACGCACUGGAAUCCGCGUUGGACGAUCACCUUCAAUGCCUGAUGUACAACACUCAAACCACCGGAAACUUUGCCGCUUUUAUCCGUCUCUUUCUCAGAAGAUCGACAGAACUGAAAGUAUCUGAACAGUGCGAAAAGUAAGCAUUCGAACGCUGUUCAGCUAUGGAAAUUGUAUUCAUUUUCAGCAAAAUCUAUCUAUGGCAGACUUCUAAUGCUCUCCUUAUAUUACGGUACAUUGCAAGGUUCUUAACUCAAAGGAUGACUGAGAAAGAGUUUGUGAGGAUUUUUGCAAAGAAUCGGGAGGCCAUGGAAAAUGAAUCUUCGUCGACGUCUUCAUCGUCGGAAGACGAAGACGACGAACAGAAUGACAGAGGGGAGGGAAAUGGAAAUAAUAACGAAGGUGAGUGAACCUGAAAGUAUAACGAGUGAUCAAACGAAAACGUCAGAAGCGAAAGAAACUCCAAUUGUUUUUCAAAACACUGCAGAAGAGUUCACCUACGAACUAGUCUCUAUUCUAAUUGGCAUUCCAGUCAAGUGAGAUAAUCAUAAGCAGUUUUCAUGUAAAUACUUAAUGAUUCAGUGAUGCGACUCUGGCAAUUCACGUGGAAGCAGUCCGAUGCCUUCUCACUCUGCUCAGCUCUCAACUCUACAACGAAUCCAUCGUGAACACUUCUAUCGUUUUCCGAUUCUUCAUAGACGGCGCUUGUGCUCAGCACGCGGCCACUCUGACCAAAACUCUUCUGCUCAAUUACCUUCUUCACAAUUCUGAGUACCAUGUGACUGUUCAGAAGCCACAGGAGAGCAUUGUUUUUGGAUUAGCCUGUAAGACAUCAAAUCUGUAAAGAUGAGAAAAUAGGUGUUUAUUUCAGCAUCCAUGUGGUCUAUGGUACAAAUGGCCGCCGGAUUGGACAGCUCGGAAGACGAGAAGCCACCUCCACUGACCCUCGGCAACUUGAGCAUUCUCCUCCUUCUGAAUCUCUCGUGUCAUCAGCCGCUCAACGCCUCCAACCCGUUCAAAGAGACUCUGGCUCUCUUCCAAAAUGCGCAGGAAGUGUCCACUCUGCCCACCCAAGUCGUGUCUUUCAAAAUAGAUUACAAUGGACUGUACGAGAGAUUGUGUGCCACUGCGAGCCAAGAGCCGCCCAUGCUCCUCCUGUACAUGCUUCUGCAGGCCAAUUCAGGCUUCCGCAACUACGUUCUCUCACGGAUUAACCUCGAGAAUCUUGUCGUUCCUGUUCUCAGAAUUCUGCACGACGGCGUUGCUACGUCAAACAACUCACACCAUGUGUAUCUCGCUCUGAUUGUCACCUUGAUUCUCAGCGAAGACGACAUUUUCUGCAAGAUCAUUCACGAAACGGUGAGAUAGUUCAAACAAUUACGAAGAAAUUGUAAAGUUUCAGAUGAUAAAAGACAUCAAUUGGCUGGACAGCGACUUCAGUGUCCGUGAAAUUUCCCUCGGAGGUCUCAGUGCUCUCGUUUUCAUCAGAGCUAUUCAGAAGAAUGCUCUCAAAACAAGAGUAACUAGUUCAAUUCUGUUCAUUUUCUGUAUAUUUUAUAGUUUCAGGACCGAUAUCUGCACACAAACUGCCUCGCCGCUCUCGCCAACAUGUCUGCCUUCUUCAAGAAUCUAGCUCCGAUUGUUUGUCAGAGACUUAUUUCUCUGCUUGAUGUAUGUACUGCACGAUUUGGAUUAUUUCCUAGUUCUCUUUUUCAGCUUCUCACCAAAGGCACGCUAAAAUGGUCGACCACAUGAGAGUGAGCAGCCAGAAUGAUGUCGCCGGAGGUCAGCCAAUCAACUUUGUAAGUCCACUUCGAAUCCUUCUGAAUUGAGAGUGGCUAUGACUUCAGCACGACGACAUCACCGCACUGGAAGAGGGAAUCCGCACUCUUCUGGAGAUAAUCAACAGCGCUCUGUGCGGCGGUCUCCGUCACAACACUCACCUCAUCUACAACCUGCUCUACCAUCGUGCCCUCUUUGACGCGUACAUGCAGCAUCCGAUGUUCCAGGAUCUUCUCGUCAACAUCGCCGCCGUCAUCUCGCACUUCUCUGCAAAAGUGGUCCACGUGCCAGCUGGAGACGGUUUCACGAUUCUCCAAAUAAUUGAGAAAGAGGCAAACGUGUGGCCUACGGACAAGCUGGCCAAAUUCCCAGAGCUGAAGUUCCGAUACGUGGAGGACGAGUACACAGUCGACUUUUUCGUUCCCUACGUGUGGAGACUGUCCGUUCAACACUCAGGAAUUCACUUCGAAACUUCAAGAAUCAAAAUCUUCAACGCACAAAGUAUUGCAUGA